ACAAAGUGUUCCCCUUUCCUAACGAAGUUAUCCAGAUUAUUAACCCCCAUACCGCAGCUGAUAACUCGAUGAAUGUCGUGUCCAGUAUUUCAUCGGACUUCGUGCUUUUCCCAUACAAAUUUAAUCUCUUCCAAUUGCUAGGAAUAUACUGACUAACAAGACUAUUUCUUGAAAAGAAUGGCCAAGAUUCUAAUGGUGAAGCCCAGCUGCACAAACCAUUAUUAUCUAACCACUGCUGCAAUUCUUUCACCCCCAAAAGCUGCACUUUCACUAUCAAAAUCCAUGGCUGCGUGCUCAAGCUUUUGCCCCCAGAGACCACUCCAAUUUAGACGCAAGCCCAUUUCUAGUCUUCCCAUUAAAACCCAAUUCUCCGUCCAAGUUAAGGCCUUUUCUUCUCAAGAAUCGAGUGCACCUCCCAAAGAUGAAAUUCCAGCUCGGGUUGGCUUUCUUGGUCUUGGAAUUAUGGGCUCUCCAAUGGCUCAAAAUCUCAUAAAAGCAGGAUGUGAUGUUACUGUUUGGAAUAGGACCAAAAGCAAAUGCGAUACCCUUAUCUCCUUGGGUGCAAAAUAUAAAUCCUCACCUGAGGAAGUAGCCGCCUCUUGCGAUGUCACAUUUGCAAUGCUUGCCGAUCCUAAAAGCGCAGUGGAUGUUGCAUGCGGAAAGCAUGGAGCUGCAAGUGGCAUGAGUCCUGGAAAAGGUUAUGUAGAUGUCUCCACUGUCGAUGGCGAGACUUCCAAAUUGAUCAGUGCACAUAUCAAAUCUACAGGAGCGCUAUUUCUGGAGGCUCCAGUUUCAGGCUCAAAAAAGCCAGCUGAAGACGGACAGUUAAUUUUUCUUACUGCAGGUGACAAAUCUCUAUACGAAACUUCUGCUCCGCUUUUAGACAUCAUGGGAAAGUCAAGAUUUUAUCUUGGAGAUGUCGGAAAUGGAGCUGCAAUGAAACUUGUCGUCAAUAUGAUAAUGGGAAGUAUGAUGGCAUCGUUUUCCGAAGGAUUGCUUCUUAGCGAGAAAGUUGGUCUGGACCCAAAAGUGCUGGUCGAGGUUAUCUCCCAGGGUGCAAUCAGUGCACCAAUGUACUCUGUGAAAGGUCCUUCAAUGGUUCAAUCUCUCUACCCCACAGCAUUUCCAUUAAAGCAUCAGCAGAAGGACCUUCGACUUGCUCUGGGACUAGCUGAAUCAGUCUCCCAGCCCACGCCGAUUGCAGCAGCAGCAAACGAGCUCUACAAAGUAGCAAAAGCACACGGUCUAAGUGAUGAUGAUUUCUCGGCCGUGAUUGAGGCACUGAAAGUGAAACUGCAAGAAAGACCAUAGAUAUCCAUCUUUGUAGAAAUACUUUUCUUACUACAUCUUUUACUGCAACUCUUAAACUGCAUUUCUGAUUUCUUUCUUUUUUUUUUACUUUUAACAAUUUCAUUUGAGUGUCGAAUCCAUUCCAGUUAAAUACAUGGAUAUGUAUUAGAGUCGUGUUUCUCUCUA